AUGACAUAUAAUACCGGUUGUGUAGAUGCACAAGAAAUAUCAACAGAAUCAGCACCAUUCGAAACAUUUGGCAAUAAAGUUUUAUUGCCAUCACAACAAUCAUACUUGUGGGAUAUUUUAGCAGAUUUGUUACCAAAAACUUUAAAUAUCAAAGAAUCCAUAAAAAACCCUACUAUUACAUUUUUCCCAAAUAUUCUUUUUCAAAGCACUAUUCCAGAGUGUGACAAAGAUAAAGAAAUGACUAUAUUGGAUAUUGCUGCUGGGUCUGGUUUAAUAUCUUUAUCUGGAUCUAGACAAUAUCCAAAUGCUAAAUUUAUUUCAAGUGAUUUCAGUGACAGGUUGGUUUCACUCUCAAAUAAACUUGCCCAAGAGCUCUCAUUACCAAAUAUUUCAAGUUUAGUAAUGGAUGGUCAAAAUCUUGACCACUUUUUAGAUUCAUCAGUUGACUAUGUAUAUUCAAUCAAUGGCUUAAAUUACUUCCCCAACCAAUUACAAAGCCUAAUGGAAAUGAAAAGAGUAUUAAAACCAAAUGGUAAAGUAGCAAUUGGUGUCCCAUGUCCAGAUAACUUUUCUGGAUCAGUUUUAAAAGAGGCAACAAAGCAGCUUCUAGGUGAUAGUUUCAAAGAAUCUAGCCAAGUUUCAUCAUCACUUUCAAAUCCAGAAGUUUUUGAGCUUUUACUAAAACAAAGUGGUUUCCAAAAUAUUGAAAUUAAAAAACAUUUCCAAUGGUUAGAUUUUGGUUGUAGUUUAAAUCCAAUAUAUAGUGACCACCUCUCAGUUGUCCCAAUGGAAAAGAAACAUUUAUUUGACCAAGUUUUAGUAAAUGAAAUUAUUAAGAGUGACCUUAAAAUGGAAGCUGAUGGAAAGUUUAGAAUUAAAGCAUCUUUUUAUGUUGCAACAGCUUGUAAAUAA